AUGUCCAUGACCCGAGACCAGCUAGAAGCUCUCACAGAGCGAGACGUACACGACCCAAUCCCCUCCGAACUCUUGCAGCAGGCUUUGAGCACGCCACCCUUCCUCCCUGUCCCCGAGCUCAUCAACAUCCGCGACCUUGGUGCCGUGCCCGGCUCCUGCGUCCGUCCAGGUCUCGUCUACCGCUGCGGCAUGCUCGAAGUCGCCAACCAGAACCCAGAGGCGCUCGAUUGGCUGGCCGCCAACGUGAAGCAGGUUUUUGACGUUCGUAGCUCUGCGGAACGCGGGAAGCAUCCUGAUCCAGAGAUCGCAGGAGUUGCAAACACAUGGCUCGAAAGUGCGGGCGCCCAGACCCCGCCUGACCUGAAUGAUUUUGUCGAGGCCGGGGGCGAAGUUGGACUUCGGAAGGAGUAUCUCAAGGUCCUUGAUUUAUACCGGCCGAUCUACCGAGCCAUAUUGGAGCACGUGCGCGACAAGCCCGAGGAAUCUUUUCUCUUUCACUGUACCGCCGGAAGAGACCGCACCGGCGUGAUGGCAGGUCUCCUACAAUCUCUCGCGGGCACCGCGCCCGAAGACGUCCGCUUCGACUACAUGCUCUCGCGCGUCGGCACCGAGCCAGCGAGGGAGCGGCUCCUCCAGCAGGCCCGUGCCGGCGGCGGUAGUCUCACUUUCGAACAGCACCCAGGCUUCUACAACCUGUGCAGCCUGCGGACGUCGUGCUGGGAUGCGUUUAUCGCGGCAUUGCAGGAAGCGCAUGGCGGCUGGGAGGGGUACGUCGUUGGGGCUUUGGGGUUUUCGAGCGACGAUUUGGCUAGGAUCAAGGAUAACCUUUCUGGGCGCGGAGACUAG